GGAGAAGAUGGUCGAUUUAUCAGCACACAUGUGGCCCAGAUUACAGCUUUGAGUUAAGGCAUUUUGAGAAGAAAAAGACAACAUUUGGACACUUUCAUCAUAAAGUUUCUCUGCAGAUUAUAUUCUUUAAAUGCACAUCUGAUCAGGAUCUGGACUCUACAGAGCAGAAACCUUGUGCCAGCGCCCCUGUGGAUCCGUGGAAAAGCGUUCUGCGCAUCCAGACGUGGCAACGGCAUCAUGGCGUCGUGGAGCCGCCGCGGGAGGAUGAGAGGAGAGAACAUGAUGAACAUGAAGAACAUGGUGAACAUGGAGGUCCUGGUGCUGCUGCUAGUAUGGCUGCUGCCGGUGCUGGAGGCGGUGAAGGUGUCUCCGCUCAUAGAGAAGGUCAGCGACCACAAAGACUUCAAGAAGAUGCUCCGGACCAGAACCAACGUUCUGGUGGUCUACACCAAGACAGCUACAUCGGGGGACUCCCACCUGAAACUGCUAUCAGAUGUGGCCCAGACGGUGAAGGGCCAGGGGACCAUCGCCUGGGUCAACUGUGGAGACUCGGAGGGCCGUAAGCUGUGUAAGAAAGUGAAGGUGGACCCGAGCUCCAAACCCGGAGGAGCAGAGCUGCUGCACUACAAAGACGGGACGUUCCACACCGAGUACAACCGGCCCGCCACCUCCAAGUCCAUGGUGGCGUUCCUGAAGGACCCGUCGGGACCCCCGCUGUGGGAGGAGAACCCCGAGGCGAAAGACAUCCUCCACAUAGAGACAGAAAAAGACUUCAGGAAGCUGCUGAAGAGAGAGGAGAGGCCGGUCCUCUUGAUGUUCUACGCUCCCUGGUGCGGCGUCUGUAAGAGGAUGCAGCCCGUCUAUCAGCAAGCAGCCACAGAGACCAAGGGGAGAUAUGUGCUGGCGGGGAUGAACGUGCACCCGGCUGAGUUUGACGGCCUGAAACAGGAGUACAACGUCAAAGGCUACCCGACCUUCUGCUACUUUGAAAAGGGGAAGUUCCUCUACCACUAUGAGAACUACGGAGCCACAGCCAAGGACAUCGCUGACUGGAUGAAGAACCCUCAGCCCCCCCAGGAGAAGGCCCCCGAGGUGCCGUGGGCAGAGUCGGACUCUGCGGUCUUCCACCUGACCGACGACACCUUCGACAGCUUCCUGGAGGAGCAUCCUGCAGCCCUGAUCAUGUUCUACGCCCCCUGGUGCGGACACUGCAAGACGAUGAAGCCAGAGUAUGAUAAAGCUGCUGAGAUACUCAACAAGGGCGCAGACAGUCCCGGUGUGCUGGCGGCGGUGGACUCCACGGUGCACAAGGCUGCGGGGGAUCGCUUCAAGAUCUCCGGCUUCCCGACCGUUAAGUAUUUCGAGAGAGGCGAGGACAAAUACACGCUGCCACACCUCCGCAGCAAAGACAAGAUCAUCGAGUUCAUGCACAAUCCUCAGGCACCUCCUCCACCAGAGCAAUCCUGGGAGGACAAGCCCUCCAGCGUCAGCCACCUUGGAUCGGAGGAUUUCCGAGAGGCGCUGAAGAAGAAGAAACACGCUCUGGUCAUGUUCUACGCUCCCUGGUGUCCACACUGUAAAAACGCUGUUCCUCACUUCUCCACGGCGGCAGAGCUCUUCAGAGAGGACCGCAAGAUCGUGUACGCCGCUGUGGACUGUACGAAAGGACAGAACAACGAGCUCUGUAAGCAGGAAGGAGUGGAGGGCUACCCGACGUUCAACCACUACAACUACGGCAAGUUUGUGGAAAAAUACAACGGAGAUCGCGGGGAGGCGGGCUUCAUCGGGUUCAUGCGCAGCCUGAGAGGACGAGACCAGGAGAAGGUGGUCAAGAAGAAGGAGGAGCUCUGAGCUGCACUGCACAGUUGGUCGUUGCACUGUGACCCUUGACCCCGGCGAGGGCCCAAUCAGCACUGACGUGGGAGACUCGACGACCUCAGCGAAAGGCUAUUUUUUUAUACGGUGGCGAUGACGUUUGUAAUAAUACCGACAGAGUUCCUGCAGAGACUUCACGGAGAUUCUGGCGGGCUGAAAACACUCUGACUCAAAAUGAUUUUUGUUUUUUUUUUGCCCAAACACUGUGACUACACAUGUGGAAGCUACACCCUAUACUUUAUCUAUGCAAUACGGACCCCCGCUGGGCCCUGUGGGGGGGCUCUGGGACGGACGGACACCCUGGUGGUGGGUGGUGGUGGUGGUGGUGGUUAAAGGUGGAGGCUGCACUAGGGUCCUGAUCCAGUCCAUCAACCUGUCUCUGGAAGGAGACGCACACACCUGUUGGUUCUUUUACCUUCACGUCUCACGUCCAGAACCGUCCAGAAUAUUAACUCUCAGGCCGAGUCCACACGAACACGGGGUUCAUGUAAACAACGUUUCUCCUCCUUCCUUCUCAAAAAUAAAUCUCUGUCCAGACGAAACCGCAAAAACA